UUUUUAUAAAGGGCGCGUAACUAAAGGUCACGACCUUUACUGACAAAGAUGGCUGCCAUCGUGCGAAAAUGUUACUCUGAUUUUUCUCGAUUUUUGGCUCCGUUUUCUCCUUCAGGUUUGACAACUCUGGUUGGGGCACCCCUGUCCGUUUUUGGGGUGAGAUGGGCCUCCAAGAAGCAAGGAGGGAGCACUGCCGUGAGGCCCAGAAAACACAGGGGCAAGGGACUUGGUCUGAAAAUACGGGAAGGUGAAUUUGCCCAGGCAGGAAGUAUUAUUGCGAUACAGAGGGGAUACAAGUGGCAUCCUGGGGCCUUUGUUGGUACUGGUCGUUUCAACACCCUGUAUGCCCUUGAACCUGGCUAUGUGCGUUUCACCAAGGAGGUUCUACGACCCCACUUCAUGAGCCACUUGUACAAGUGUGUGGUCAAGAAGAUAGAGCCAGAGGAAAGAGAAAACGUUGUCAGGACUUUUGUUCAUGUUGUUCCAGAGCCUCAAGUGGGGAGAUUCAAGCUUGUCAAGAUGAUAUGAUAUAACAUAGUUACGUUUAUAGUAGCUGUAAUAUGAAGUGUUGUACGUGGAAGGUAACGUAACAUUGCACUUAAUUGCAAUGCAGCAGUGUUGUCAAGAUACCGGUAAUAGAAUAAGAUGCAGCCAACAAUAGUGCUGUAUACCGGUUUGCUGGACUGGUUCCAGACUUGUAUUGUAAAAAUGUUUAGGUUCAAGUCCAAAAAAACCUAAAAGUCAAGAACCAAUUC